GUCACAUGCGAUCUUUGUCAGGCUGGUAUUUGCUCUCCUCCAUCAUCAAGCAGCCGCGACCGCAGACCGACGGGAUCGCGGAGCAGAGGGACUGUACGCCGCCGAAAAAAUAUUUAAAAACGCUGGGAAAUUAUGGUUUUCCGUCGGGUUACAAUGGUGGAAAUUUGUCCUUGAGCUGCUCCGAUGAAAUAGCGUCGAAAUGAGUCUCGGCCACGCAGAGAGAACUUGAAGAAAGAAGGUAAAAAGGUCGUUGAUUGGGAUGACGGUCUGAAUCCGGCCGGCUUCCUCUGCUUCGCGACUACAUUUCCCAUGGAGCUGUGCGCUGACACACACACUGUUGUACCAUGGAGCCACCAGUCAGGGUUUUGGACCCAAAGAGCCAGUGAGACAGAAGAAGACUUGAUAUUGUGAUAUCGCCCUCCCGUCGUCUUCUUUGCAUCCCUCGUUAUUUCCUGCGGAUCAUCCUUCUCUUCUGGGCAGCUGGAGCUACUCCUCCCUCGACUCGACCCCCCCCCUCCCCCCCUUCCCUUCCCCCUCCCCCCCUCCUGCUGUGGAUUAAAGACUUUUAUCAAGACUCUUUGACUAUCAGCUGACCAGAAGGCUCCCCGAUCACAGAGGCCGGCCCGGUCUGGGCCCAGUUCCGGGUUCCAGUACCCGGUCCAGUCUUCGCUGCAGGAUGGCAGGUCCACCGCUGCUCUGUUGGGCCGUGUUGGCCGCCGCUCUGCUGCUGACCCUCGAGGCCGACGCUGCGGGUCAGAACCCGGACCACGUCCUGCAGGGGACGGGGGUGAAACCGGAGGCUCGGCGGCCCGGCGAGGACUCGACCAUUGCGCCCGAGGACGCCGCCCGCUUCCUCAGCUGCUACUGCUCCGGACACUGUCCUGAGGACGCCACCAACAACACCUGCCAGACCAACGGUCAGUGUUUCGCCAUCAUCGAGGAGGAUGAGCUGCACGGUGACGCCAUCCUCACGUCCGGCUGCAUGAAGUAUGAAGGGUCACACUUCCAGUGCAAGGACUCACCCAAUGCUCAGACCAGGAGGACAAUCGAGUGCUGCAACACCGACUUCUGCAACCGAGACCUGCAGCCCACCCUCCCCCCUCAGCCUCCACCCGACGCCAGCCCUCACUGGUUGGCCUUCCUCAUCUCCAUGACGGUCUGCUGCUGCACGCUGAUCUGUGUCACCGUGGUCUGUUACUACAGGUAUAAAUGGCAGAGUGAGCGUCAGCGGUAUCACAAGGAUCUGGAGCAGGAGGUCUUCAUCCCUGUUGGAGAGUCUCUCAAAGACCUCAUCCACCAAUCACAGAGCUCCGGCAGUGGCUCCGGGCUCCCCCUGCUGGUGCAGCGGACCAUCGCCAAGCAGAUCCAGAUGGUGCGUCAGAUCGGUAAGGGGCGGUACGGCGAGGUGUGGCUGGGCCGCUGGAGGGGAGAGAAGGUGGCCGUCAAGGUCUUCUUCACCAGGGAGGAAGCCAGCUGGUUCCGAGAGACGGAGAUCUACCAGACGGUCCUGAUGAGACACGAGAACAUCCUCGGCUUCAUCGCGGCCGACAUCAAAGGCACCGGCGCCUUCACGCAGCUCUUCCUCAUCACCGACUACCACGAGAACGGUUCGCUGUACGAAUACCUGAAGCUGAGCACGCUGGACACGCAGACUCUCCUGCGACUGGCGUACUCCGCCGCCUGCGGCCUCUGUCACCUGCACACGGAGAUCUACGGCACGCAGGGGAAGCCGGCCAUCGCCCACCGAGACCUGAAGAGCAAGAACAUCCUGAUCAAGAAGAACGGCGCCUGCUGCAUCGCGGACCUCGGCCUCGCCGUCAAGUUCAACAGCGACACUAACGAGGUGGACGUCCCCCUGAGCACCCGGGUCGGGACGAGGCGCUACAUGGCCCCCGAGGUCCUGGACGACAGCCUCAAUAAGAACCACUUCCAGGCUUACAUCAUGGCCGACAUGUACAGCUACGGCCUCGUCAUCUGGGAGAUGGCCAGACGCUGCGUCACCGGAGGUAUCGUGGAGGACUACCAGCCGCCGUACUAUGAGAUGGUGCCCUCUGACCCGUCGUAUGAAGACAUGCUGGAGGUGGUUUGUGUUAAAGGAAUGCGGCCGGCGGUGUCCAACCGCUGGAACAGUGACGAGUGCCUUCGGGCCAUGCUGAAGCUGAUGUCAGAGUGCUGGGCUCAUAACCCCGCCUCCCGCCUCACCAUCCUCAGAGUGAAGAAGACGCUCGCCAAGAUGGUGGAGUCCCAGGACAUCAAGAUCUGACCGCCCUCCUCUUCCUCCUCCUCCUCCUCUUCGUCCCCCUUGAACACACUCAACCUGGACCUGCUCAGGCUCAGUACAUCCCCCUCUUCAUCAGGAGGAGGAAGAGGGGAGGUUGGGAGAUAAUAAUGGACCCAUUUCAGGGCUGAACUGUGCAUCUCCUCCUUCCUCAGUAUGUCUGAGUCCUUCCUCCUCCUCCUCUUCCUCUCUCUGCCAGGUUUGACGCUUUCUGUGAAAGCCAAACGAGACGAUAAUGAUGAAAUGAGAUGAUGGCGGGAAGAGAAGGAUGCUCGUUGGGAAUGAACACAGAAAUGUUUUAUUUUGUAUUUUUUUUUGUAUUUUUUUAAGGACCCUCGUCGCGUUUCAAAACGCUAAAAAAAUGCCAAUUUUUGUUCCUUUCUCUUCAGGACUGAGUUCUCCUGCCAUAUCGAAAUAUAUCUCCACUCUAAAAAGUUAAUUAUAAAAAAAAAAAGGUACUAUUAUAAUAUGUGACUUUUAAUGUGUAAAUAAAUGUUAUUAGAUGCCGUGCCUACUCAAGAGAGGAUUUUAAAAAAGAAUCACCAGAACACUAUGCUGCAGUGGUGUUGACGUCCAGCUGACUCCAGGAGACGAUGAUGGGGUCGCUACGGAGACGUCUACCGUCCUGUCCGUCUGUCUGUCCGUCUGUCCACAUCCUGUCUGUCUGUCCGUCAGCUGUCUGUCUGGAGAUUGAUCAGUUAUGUAAAGAGGUUGAGCUGCUCUGGUGUCGCAAAGAAAUCUGAUUGGUGGAGUUAAACCUCAGUGGGUGGAGCCUAAUUGACCAGAGUGCCAAUAGAGGCAAAGUCCCGCCCCUUCCGCUGUCCGUUAUGGGACAUUGUUUAUGUAAAAAUAUAAAAGGUAGUCAACGGGAAGAGACCAAUUGUUUUGAUGCCAUUUUAAUUAUUUUCACAGUUCAAUAGUUUUUUUUCACACUUGAUUAAAUACACAGUACAAAAAAUGUUUACUUCAACUGAAGUCUCAGACAUUAAAAUGUAAAAAAAUUAAUAAAUUUAAGUGUGGUUUAAAAAAAGAAAAAGCCAAAGGAUGGCACGAAGGAAGGGACAUCAUUUAAAAAAUCAAAUGAACCUAAAUGAGCGUACAAUUGUUUCUAUAUUAACUUUGGCUCCUCCCACUCAGGUUUCACUCCUUCAAUAGGAUGUUUUUCUGACUUACGAUAGAUUUAUUUAAAUUAUUCUCUAUUCUAAAGCAUUAAAGGCGUUACUUCAGUUGCAGUUUGGGACAAAACAGUCUCAUUAAUAUUAUUUGGGAAACCAGCCCAGAACGGGAUUAGCCUAGCACAAAGAUGGGGAAACUGUUAGCUUAGCACAAUUAAUACCUCUAAAUAUUUUUGGAUUGAUGUUUUAUGUUUCUUUUUUAUAUCUGUGUAGGAACCAAAAUAUAAAAUUAGACAUUUUAGCAGCAGUUAGCAUUUGAGCUAAGCUAGCAGAUUCCUCAUACUUACAGUAUGUGUGCUAAGCUAGGCUAAACACACCACCCUGGUCCUCUGUACUGGACGCAGAUGUACCUAAAAUGUACUGUUCCUUUAAACUGUUGGUUUUCUCUCCUCAGCAGUCGAAGACGUGCACGUGUUGGCUCGGUGUGCACGUGUGUGUGUGUGUGUGUGUGUGUGUGAAUGAAGCUAACCAAUCAUACAUUUCACACAUGUAAGAGCAGUGACUUUAGUGUUUUUCUCUGUAAUAAAUAUGCAAGGAAACUCCGCGUAUAGGAAUAAUCUCUAAUAUGUAAAUCUGUAAUGUGUUGGUGUUUUGUACAGCAUCUGGUUCGGUGCCUUAUGAGUUUACCAAGGAAAUGAAAAACUCUGUAUUCAGUCUGUCCAAUGUAACGAUUUUUAAGUAAAUAACCUUAUUUUAGUACACAAACUGUUCUUUCA